UCUGCCUCGGGGAAUUUAUAUAGUCAAUUUUCACUUGUGGGGUGAGAGUGAGUGAGAGAAACUGCAGAAGAGCAGCUGAAGCUUUGUUGAUGAUAAGAAGAGCCAUCAAAGCAAAUUAAGUCCCCUCAAUCUCCCAACCCAAUCACUCUGAAAACAAAAGCACUCUUUUGACAGGAACCCCAUACCUUCCUUCUUCCCCUCUCGAGCGCCAUAUAAGCUCAAUUCUCUCUUACAAAACACACCUUCAUGUCUGUUCUGGUACGGACACCCUAACUCAGCUCCUUCCUUCAACCAUCACUUGCUUUUAUUUUUUCGGUUCUCUGUCUCUCUCCACCAUCAAAAUCUGAGUUUCUUCUGUCUGUUUGUUGCGUCAGAAAUUACAAAUCUUCGAUCCGCUGCUUUUCAGGAUAACCCCGUUGGCUGGGUGUGGGAAUUGAGUUUCCAAUAGGCAUGUAAAGUCCGUACAGAGAGAGUAGAGACACUGAAUUUGAUUGGGACAAUAUAUAUAGACAGACAUAGAUAUGGCUUCCACGUACUUUCAUGGCGGGAAUUCUGAGAUCCAACCUUCUGGGGAUGGUUUGCAGACGCUUUACCUUAUGAAUCCAACCUACAUACCUUACUCCGACAGUACCUCUCACCACCCCGCGGCCCCUAACAUGCUUCUCUUCAAUCCCAACGCUGCCCCUUCUGGCAACUCCCUCAACCUCUCCCACGCGCCGCCUCCUUCCCGUAGCCACCACCUGCUCGGCGUUAUCCCUACCAACAUGGUCGGAUCCGAAAACUCUGACAUCUCUGCCUUCCAUGGCUUCGCCACCGCAGCCGCCAGCACUGCUGCGCCUCGGGUUCAUAACUUGUGGGGUUCUAUAAUUGAUCAUCAAACACCGUCGUCGCCUGUGGCAGUGUCGGCAACCGCACCCAGUAGUUCAGGCACGGCGGCUACUGCCAGUUUCCGAAGGCCUAGUCAGCAAGGCCUGUCACUGAGCCUUUCGUCGCAGCAGACAGCUUAUAAUAGGUCGCUUUCUGGUGAGCUCGAUGUUCCGGGACAAUCCCGAGUUUCUGCUAUAUCGCCGACUAGCCACAUCGGCGGUGGUAGUGAUAUGCAGAUUCUGGGGAACUCUCCGUCGUCGUCAACGGUGUCGAACGGAAUUUCGAGUAUGCAGAGCGUGAUUUUGGGGUCAAAGUACCUGAAGGCAGCGCAAGAGCUUCUGGAUGAAGUUGUGAAUGUGGGAAAGGGGAUUGAGAAAAGGGCGUCCAUAGAGAUCGAAAGGAGCAGUGAUAAAGAGAAGACGAGAGCGAAUAGGUCAGAAUCGGAAUCCGGGAAUAUCGGUGAUGGUUCAAGUGGCGGCAAGCAAGCAUGUGAACUCAGCACCGCCCAGCGGCAAGAGCUUCAGAUGAAGAAGUCCAAGCUUGUUUCCAUGCUUGAUGAGGUGGAGCAAAGGUACAGGCAGUACAGGCACCAAAUGCAGAUAGUGAUAUCUUGGUUUGAGCAGGCAGCGGGAUACGGUGCAGCCAAGUCAUACACAGCACUUGCACUCGAGACAAUUUCGAAGCAAUUUCGAUGCCUUAAGGAUGCAGUGUCUUCCCAGAUCAAAGCCACGAGCAAGAGCCUCGGCGAGGACGAUUACUUAGGAGCCAAGGUACAGGGUUCCCGGCUCCGCUACGUGGACCACCAUCUCCGGCAGCAGCGAGCUCUGCAGCAGCUCGGAAUGAUACAGCACAGCGCUUGGAGGCCUCAGAGAGGCUUGCCUGAACGAGCUGUCUCCAUUCUUCGUGCUUGGCUUUUUGAGCAUUUCCUUCACCCUUAUCCCAAGGACUCCGAUAAAGUUAUGCUUGCAAAACAAACUGGACUUACUCGCAGCCAGGUAUCGAACUGGUUUAUAAAUGCUCGAGUUCGGCUCUGGAAACCAAUGGUAGAAGAAAUGUACUUGGAAGAAACCAAGGAGCAGAACAAUGAGUCCAGCCCCAAGGACAACACGAAUAGAUCAUCAAAAGAAUCAAGCAAGGAUGGAAAUAAUGAUGCAGCACACGAAGAACCAGGUUCCAUUAAUAUUAUAUCAUCAUUUGGUCAGAUUAAAGCUCUCCAGUCAAAACCAGAUCAUCAAACGUUCAGCAACCAAACCGCCAGUUCCCUACACGACAUCUCAAAUCCAACAAUGGGAGUUAGCGACGUUUCGGUGGACGUGGAAAUGAAGCCCCGGUUUAUUAAAGAUGGGUAUAACCCGUUAUUAAGUGACGAGGGUUAUGGAGGAUUCUCCAUGCAAGACAUUGGAAGGUUUAACGUUAGUAACGUUUCUGAACAGCAUUUAGCUCCGAGGUUUCAUGGGAACGGUGUUUCCCUCACUCUGGGCCUCCCUCACAGUGACAGCCUUCCUCUCUCUGCCACUCAACAUGGGUUUCUCUCCCACAAUAUACAUUUGGGAACCAAUAAUGCGACUGAGCUUUGUGCCAUUAACGCUGCUGCUGCUGCUGCUGCUCCUCCUCCUCCUUCGCAUUCCGGCGCCACCACUUAUGAGAAUAUUGAUAUUCAUCAGAACAGAAAGAGCUUUGCAGCCCAGUUGUUGCCGGAUUUCGUCACCUGAGAAGAACUUCUAUACUUGACCCUGAUCGAAUGUUUCUAGCAGCAUCGUAUACUGUUUCAGUUUGAUAGAGACUGAGGAAGGAAGACCUGUCCCAUUUUGGGUCUCAUUUUUCUGUCUUUUCUCUAUGACUGGAUUCUUAAGUAGUACUGUACGGGGGCUAUUCUCACAAGUACUGUGGGCAUUAACUUAGCAGAAGAAUUAGCUAGCGACCCAACAGAAAUUAAAAAACAAAAAAAAAAAAGGAAAGAAAAGGGAAAACGGCAUUUCUUAUGUGUCUUUGUCUUUUGGGUAAUUGGGUAUACUCGUCAUAAUAUUCGAUCUCUUGGUUUGCAGGAGGGGAAGCUUGAUAGUUCAGUUUCAUUGUUAAGGUAGCUUAGGAUUUUAUAAUUCUGGGAAGGAUAUAUUGUAUUUUGUAUCUGGAUGUGUUAUUGGAUAUCUAUGCAGCCAGUAGUUGAGUUUAAUAAAUCGCAUGAUUUCAAAUUGGAUAA